AGUCUGUCAUUUUUUCAUUUGUAGGUAAUAAAAAAGCUAAAAUGCCGAGACAGUAAAAUGAUUUAAUGAUUAUUGAAUUCUUUUGUGAGGACAAUGAAGAGAGGAAAAGUAAAGAAGAUGAAACAAUGGAGGACCUAAUGCAUGUGUUGGCUUUAGGCGAAGAAUGCAGAUACAGAGUACAAUUUAUUCAAAAUAGUAUACCGAAAUCCAGGAUAUUUUUAAAUGAAAUCUUAUGGGAACUUGAUGAAAACCGAUUCAAGAAGAUCACACGUUUGGAUCUAAUAAAGGGAGACAAACUUUUUAACAAAAUUCGGUCGGGCAAACAAUUUCCAAUUAAAACGCAACUGGCAAUUGUGUUGUAUCGCUUAGGUUCUAGCGGUGAAGGAGCUAUGUACUCUUUCGAAGAUUGCAGGUUUAUUUGGAAUCAGUGAUGGUGGUAUCAUUCAGGUCAGAAUUCGUCAGUUUUCCUCAUAAUACAGCGAAUUGUCAAUUGAAGCACAUAAAUUUCUUGGAGAAGGUGAAUGGAUUGCAGGUGACAGUGCAUAUAAAUUAUCGAGUACUGUUAUAACGCCAUUUAGAGAAAAUUCUAGAAAUUUAACACUAAGCCAAAGGAAUUUUUUUAACAAAACAUUCAGUCGAUAUAGAAUUCGAAUUGAACAUUGUUUUGGACUGCUGAAGGAAAGAUUUGGUAGUUUAAAAGGCUUAAGGCUCCAAAUAAAAAAUGAAAAUGGUAUGAGAAAAGUUAACAAAUGGAUUCUCUGUUGUGCAUUGUUACACAACUUUAUACUCCAACAAGACAAUUAUUUCCAUUACCACCUGAGGAAUCGGAGCACAGUAUUUAC